AUGGCUCGUAGAACAAAGAAGGUAGGAAUUGUCGGAAAAUAUGGAACAAGAUAUGGUGCUUCUCUUCGUAAAGUCAUCAAGAAAAUCGAAAUUGCCCAACACUCUAAAUAUAUUUGCCCAUUCUGCUGUAAGGAAGCCGUAAGAAGAACUGCUUGUGGAAUUUGGGAGUGCAAAGGUUGUGGAAAACAAAUUGCUGGUGGAGCUUACACACUCUCUACCAUUUCUGGUGCUACUGUUAGAUCCACCGUUAGAAGACUAAGAGAUGCUAAGAAUUCACAAUAAUUCAAUUGUCUUCGAGUGUGAA